UCAUGCUGCUGCCAGGUCCAGAGUGUGUCAUGGGUCCCUGUACGGCCUCCCAUUGCUGCUGUCUCCAUCGCCACACUCUGCCAUGUGCCACUUUCAGGUCUCCUCACACUGCUGGUGGGUUCCAUUUUGUCAUAGGGUGCUGGCAGAUUACGGGCCUCCCAUUGCUGCUGCCAGGCCCGUAAUCUGUCAUGGGCCCCCUGUACCGCCUCCUCAUGCUGCUGCCAGGUCCAGAGUGUGUCAUGGGUCCCUGUACGGCCUCCCAUUGCUGCUGUCUCCAUCGCCACACUCUGCCAUGUGCCACUUUCAGGUCUCCUCACACUGCUGGUGGGUUCCAUUUUGU